UACCAAAUCCGACAAUUUCUGCGGACUCGCCCAAUAGCCAUAGUGAGAGUUAUCCGAGAAAGCAUAGGUUCCGGGAGGGAAGGCGAUCUCGAAAAGGCACUGCCUUACUGUGGAUACAUCUUCACAAAUGGUCCUUGGAGAAAUGCACUGAUAAGAUUUGGGAUCGACCCAAGGACUUCAUUUGAAUAUCGCCUGUACCAAACUAUCACGCUGAAAAUGGAGUGUGAUCCUAUUAUCGAAUGUGGGAAGGAGGACUGUGCUGAGAAAGAUGAUAUUGCCUUCCCUCAACUCCUCAAAGGAAGGGACAGUGAUUCUCAUCUGAUCAACGGAAAGAAAUCCAUUCCAGACGAUAAUACCUGGCAAAUCUGUGACAUAACAGAUCCUCUUUUGCAGAGCAUUGUAGCCACGGGACAGCUCCGUUCCGAAGUCUCGUGGAAGGAUGGAUUCUUUUGGAAUGGAACAAUGGCUAAGCUUGAGGUCAUUAUGCGCGAUAAGUUAAUCUGUCUCAGAGAUGGUAACAUCCCUCUCGAUGAUGAAUACAGGUGCCUCCUAGGUUUUCCUGAGAGAUAUGAAUCCUCACAACGCGAUCAUAUCAGGUAUGGCCUAGAGUUUGGCCAGACCUAUACUAUGAAGCAAGCUUUUUUGAGAGGGAAGAUAUUACGCAGGGCACGCAUAUCUCUUUCCCGAGGAUCGAUGAUGCAGACUCAGAACGGCUCCCAGAACAACACUCCUGCACUCGAAAAGCCGCUGACCGAAGACCAACUACAAACAAUUGAUAAAAUAGGAAAUAAACAGUCGGCUCAGCGCCUUUAUAAACGAACAUUAAAGAUAUUUUCCAAGGAGGAGAGGUUGAAUGCAAUUGAUUUUCUUCGAACACGGAAACACGUCAACCCCACAACUGGACAGGAGCGACCCAUUUCGAUCUCAAGUGCAUCUGAAGUCCUCUACAUCGGCGAGGGUACA